AUGCGCUCGCAUCAUGGAUGCUUGACAUGUCGACAGCGAAAGCUCAAGUGCGACGAAGCCAAGCCUACGUGCGGACAGUGUACGAAAUCUGAUAGAGAAUGCAUCUUUUCACAAGACACGAAGUUCCGCCAUUUUGACGUUCAAGGUCUGCUUGGGCAAGGACAAGAGAAGACAUUAGCAGGGCGUGCUGCAACUGAGGGACUGUUUGCCAAAGAUCAUGUUUGGAUUGACAUUCCCGGCGACCUCACGUUUGUGAACAUCGUAAACCCAUACGAAGAUGACACGACGGUUUUCGAAGACGAAUUGCUAUUUCGGAAUGCUGAUGAUGGAAUUACCUAUACUCACGCCGACGAUAUCCCGCCGGCCCGGUGGGAUAGCACCUUACCGACGCCCCCCUCACAAGAUUCGGGAAGUCGGCUUGAACCAGACGCGGUGUCGCGGAUAGAUUGCGCUCAAGAGCCUCCGCGAGAACUUCAAAACACACCAGAUAUCUUGUUGAACGACAGUAACAACGAAACUUUCGAAAAUGUAUCUCCUGCAGAGAGGGGCCCUCCAAGCUCUGUUGUCUACACACCACCGAUACUCGAACCAGACGAUGAUGUUCCUGUGGAUGAAGGUAUCAACGACCCAGAAACAAGUGUUCUUGGGCUUCAACUUCUCAGACAUUUCCGAGAAGGUCCAGGGCAAUGGAUGGACCUCUUCGACACAAGUGCGCACUUCUCUUGCAAGAUACCAAUACGGGCAACAACAAGGCCCCUGCUCAAAUCAGCCAUCUGCGCCCUAGCAGCGAAGCAUCUAUCACGAACUCAAAGCAACAACUGCGAGAAACAAUCUAGCCGCAGCGCUAGAGCGUCACUUAGCUCUCCGACUUCCAGGACACCAGAUUGGCAAUACCAUGCCGUCCGAUAUUAUCAUCAAGCGAUCCGCUGCCUGAAGCAUGCCAUUGCCCUCGGUGGGUGCGAUGAUACCCGAGAUAUGGAUGGUGGUCGACACACCGAUACCUUCGCUGCAGUUGCCAUUCUGUGCAUGUACGAGCUGAUGAAUGCUCCGGGCAAUGCAUGGAAGGCGCAUCUGACAGCUCUACCGCUGUAUUCCGCGUCAGAUAAUAACCUUACUGGUUGCUCACCAGUACCCAUUCCACAGUCCCCAAUCAAGGGGCCAAUAUUCUGGAGCUUGGCUAGGCAGGACUUUCUCUGUGCCUUCAUCAGCGAGACGCAAACUCGUCUGAACCUCGACCAUGUUCGGCUCUGGCAGAACUUUGGCCUAGCGACAGACGAAAACAGCCUUCUCCUUCCCUUCAGCCCCUUUUGCACUGCCGAUAUCCGUGCCUCGACCGACGUAGACGAAGACUCGAAAAGCAACGAGCUCCUCUGGCUCCUCGGAAAAGUCGUAAACUUCAUCACCUCGGGAGACGGCAUCAACCCGGAAGACUACUCCAGACCAGCGGGCCAACGCAUGUCUCUUGGGGUCACACAAGAGCUGCUCCUCCAGCGAUGGGAGAAGCUUGAGAUGGAGCUUCAAAGAUGGUACGAAAGCCUCCCACGGACAUUUGCCCCGAGCGCCAGAACCAAUUACACCACAUCGACGGAGGGCGGAGAGAAUGUCAAGGACAUGGAGACGAUAUGGUACGACAUACCCAUGUGCGCAGCAACAAUGCAGAGCUAUCACAUGGCCUGCAUUUUGCUACUGGUUAAUCGGCCGCAAGAGUCGACAGCGAUCCGUUCGACAGUGUCAGCGCGCCUGAGGUCAUACCGUCUCAUCCAAAGGGAGGUCCUCCGACACGGCAAGGAGAUAUGCGGGAUCAGCCUUUCAGAUCCCCCAGAUGCUGUCCGCAUCCACUCCGUACAGCCACUAUUUGUUGCGGGACAGUCGUUCCACGAGCGACCGGAGCAGGAGUUAGUUCUCAAGCUGCUCUCUGACAUUGAAACGGAGCUGGGAUGGGCCACAAACUAUCAGGUCAGGAAGUUGACCGACGAAUGGAAGGUGAAUGAGGAUGAUUAUGGAGAACCCUUGAUGCGUAAUGGUGUUCUAUGUUAA